UAAUAUAAUUUUAUUUCUCCCAUUUUUAUGUCCUCUAAUCAUAUCAGAUCUCAGGAUCGUGUUGGUGGGUAAAACUGGAAUAGGAAAGAGCGCAUCAGGAAACACCAUCCUGGGACAAAAGAUAUUCAGAGAAAAAUUGUCUUCGCAAUCUGUGACCGAGAAAUGCCAACAACAUCAGCAGAUGGUAGAUGGUAAAAUAAUCUCAGUGAUCGACACUCCAGGACUGUGUGAUACAUCAAUGAGUGAAGAACAACUGAAGAAUGAGUUAGUGAAGUGUGUCGAGAUGUCUCUUCCUGGUCCUCAUGCAUUUCUUCUUGUCAUUAGACUGGACGACAGAUUCACAAAUGAACAGAAAAUUACAGUGAAAUGGAUUCAGAGAAACUUUGGAGAAGAUGCUACUCAUUACACCAUCAUUCUGUUCACUAGAGGAGAUCAGUUAGAUAUACCUAUAGAGGAGUUUCUGACAAAAGAUGAGGCAUUUAAAAGCUUAAUUGAACAGUGUGAAGGCAGGUAUCAUGUUUUCAAUAACAGAGAUACAAACCGAGAUCAAGUAAAUAAACUGCUGGAGAAGAUAGACACAAUGGUGAUGGAGAACGGAGGACAGCAUUACACCAGUAACAUGUACAAUGAUGCUCAGAGAAAAAUCAGGGAUGAAGAAAGGAAGCAGAGAGAGGAAGAGAGGAGAAGAAUGGGAGCAUAUGUAGAAAAUGUAAGGCAGGAAGAAAAAAACAGGCUGAAAAAGAAG